GAUUCAAGGACAACCUGGGCUACAGAGACCAGCAUACUAUAGAGUGGAUUCAAGGACAACCUGGGCUACAGAGACUGUCCUACUAUACAGUGGAUUCAAGGACAACCUGGGCUACACCAUUUUUUUCCAUUAUGCUAGGAAGUACUUGUAGUCCUAUACCCAAGCCCAUCUUCCAGCAUGAUUUGGAGUUUAUAUUGGGAAGAGCAGAACAAAACAGGCAUUACAAGGAACUUUUCCAUGGUUCAUAAUAAAGGUGCUAAGGAAGAGAAUGUAAGACAGGAAAAUAAAUAGUUUUAUUGAGUUUCUUCAACAGGCCACGUAGAAGAGGUGUCCCAUAUUCUCUGUCAUCAGUGGCUGGAGCACAAUGGAUCACACAGGGGCCAUAGACACAGAGGAAGAACUGGGACCUCUAGCCCACCUUGCACCAAGUCCUCAAAGUGAGGCUGUGGCUCACGAAUUCCAGGAACUCUCUCUACAGUCCAGUCAGCAUUUGCCCCCUCUGAAUGAACGGAAGAAUGGAAGUAUAGUCUUUGGGGAGUCAGGACUCCAGCUUCCUCUGCCAGCUCAGUCUGUGAGCACGGUGCUCCAGCUGAGGCUGCAACAAAGGAGGACAAGAGAACAGCUAGUGGACCAGGGCAUCAUGCCACCUUUGAAGAGUCCAGCAGCAUUCCACGAGCAGAUAAAAAGCCUGGAGCGAGCCAGAACUGAAAACUUUCUGAAGCACAAGAUCCGGAGCCGCCCAGAUCGCUCUGAACUGGUCAGGAUGCACAUUUUAGAAGAAACAUUUGCAGAGCCGUCUCUGCAGGCCACACAGAUGAAGCUGAAGAGAGCUCGACUGGCAGACGACCUGAACGAGAAGAUCGCUCAAAGGCCUGGACCCAUGGAGCUGGUGGAGAAGAACAUUCUUCCUGUGGACUCAAGUGUCAAGGAAGCAAUUAUAGGGGUGGUGAAGGAGGACUAUCCCCACAUGCACAGGGAGUUCUCAUUUGAUGAAGACAGCAGUGAUGCCUUGUCUCCAGACCAGCCGGCAAGCCAGGAGUCUCAGGGCUCAGCAGCAUCCCCCAGUGAGCCAAAAGUCAGUGCCUCACCACCUCCUGGGACUGCAAACACUCCGGCCCAGUUUACCUCAGUGUCCCCAGCAGUUCCUGAAUUCUUGAAAACCCCUCUAACUGCGGACCAGCCUCCCACGAGGUCUACAGCUCCCAUUCUCCCCACGAACACUGUGUCCUCAGCGAAGCCUGGCCCAGCACUGGUGAAGCAAAGCCAUCCUAAGAAUCCAAAUGACAAACACCGUAACAAAAAAUGCAAAGAUCCAAAACCCCGAGUGAAGAAGUUGAAGUACCACCAGUACAUUCCACCAAACCAGAAGGGGGAGAAGAGUGAGCCACAGAUGGACUCCAACUAUGCCCGCCUGCUGCAGCAGCAGCAGCUCUUCUUGCAGCUGCAGAUCCUGAGCCAGCAGCAGCAGCAGCAACAGCAGCAGCAGCAGCAACAGCAGCAGCACUACAACUACCAGACCAUCCUGCCUGCACCCGUCAAAAAUGACAAGAACAGCAGUAGUAGCACGACUGUACCUGCAAGGAGGCCAGGACCUCUGCCUUCCAGCUUGGAUGACUUAAAGGUGUCAGAACUGAAGACAGAACUCAAACUGAGGGGUCUGCCAGUGUCAGGAACCAAACCCGACCUCAUUGAACGCCUGAAACCCUACCAGGAAGUGAGCAGCAGUGGCCUUGCUGCUGGCAGUAUUGUAACCGUGCCAUCCACAGCUGUUGUCGCCAGUAACCCAGAGGUGACAGUGGCACUGCCAGUCACAACACUGCAUAAUGCCGUGACUAGCUCCGUGUCCACUUUCAAGGCAGACUUGCUGCCUGCUGGAUCCAGCAACGUGGCCCAUGUUGAAAGUGCCCAUUCCCCUCUACCCAUCUCACCAUCGCCCUCUGAGCAGUCCAGUCUCAGUACCGAGGACACGAACAUGACAGAUACCUUCACCGAGAUCAUGAGCAUGAUGUCCCCUUCCCAGUUCCUGUGUGCCUCCCCCCUGAGGGUGGCAGGCCACGAGGACAGCCUGAGCCCUACAAGUAGCACCCUGUCAGCCCUAGAACUGGACGCUGCUGAGAAGGAUCGCAAGCUUCAAGAGAAGGAGAAGCAGAUUGAAGAGCUGAAGAGAAAACUGGAACAAGAACAGAAGCUUGUGGAGGUCCUCAAGAUGCAGCUCGAGGUGGAAAAACGAGGGCAGCGACCACCAGACCCUCAUCCCAGUGGCCCCUCACAGCCGCUUAGCACAUCAGAUCAGAUACAUGGCAGUGUCGGGUCCUCCUCCAUCAAGGAUGAGGCCUCGCUUCCUGACUGUUCCAGCCCCCAGCUUCCCAUCUCCAUGGGUAGCCAGACCCUUGUUGCCAAAAAGGCUGUGGUCAUCAAACAGGAGGUCCCCAUAGCUCAAGCAGAGCAGCAGAGUGUUGUCUCACAGUUCUACGUGAGUUCCCAAGGACAGCCACCUGCCCUUGUUACUCAGCCUCCAGCCUUACUGACCACACAGACCACUCAGCUGCUGUUGCCGGUGUCCAUCCAGGGCUCAAAUGUCACUUCAGUACAGCUUCCAGUAGGCAGCCUCCAGCUCCAGACACCAGCACAAGGAGAAGCCCAGGCUCAGCCUCAGAUAGCCGCUGCCACACAGAUUCCAGCAGCACCACUGGCCCCAGCGCUGCCUCAGAAGCAGGAGGCCUUCCCGCAGCAUGUGCUGGGUCAGCCCCAACCAGUCAGAAAGGUCUUCACCAACUCUGCACCAAACACAGUUCUUCAGUAUCAGAGGCCACCUGGCCCAACGACCCAGCAGCCCUUUGUCAUCAAAAGCUCCAACCCUGUUCUUCAGUCCAGAAGCACCCCACUUGCACCCCUGCAAAACGGCCCUAGCCCAGCCAGCAAGCCAAGCUCACCCUCGCCAGUCCAGCAGUUUGUCGUCCAGCACUCUUUGUUUGGGACCCCAGUCACCAAGACAAAAGACCCACCUCGCUAUGAAGAGGCCAUCAAACAGACACGCAGCGCCCAGCCAGCCCUUCCAGAGGUUUCCAAUGCGCACAGUCAACAGAUGGAUGACCUCUUCGACAUCCUCAUAAAGAGUGGAGAGAUUUCCUUCCCUGUAAAAGAAGAGCCUUCUCCAAUUUCCAAGAUGAGGCCAGUGACAGCCAGCAUCACUACAAUGCCAGUCAACACAGUGGUCUCUCGACCACCACCCCAGGUCCAGAUAGCACCACCUGUCUCCUUAGAGCCUAUGAACAGUAUAUCUACCAGCUUAGAGAACCAGCUAGAAGCCUUCUUGGAUGGAACUUUACCCUCGACCAAUGACAUUGCUCCACUGCCGAGCAGCAGCGAAGACAGAGAGCCAUUCUCUCUGAUAGAAGAUCUCCAGAAUGACUUGCUGAGUCACUCCAGCAUGCUGUACCACUCUCAGUCUCCCAUGGAGACCUCUGAGGCCCAGCUUGUGGCAGGGACCCCCUGUCUGUCUCUCGACCUGUCAGACUCCAACCUGGACAACAUGGAGUGGCUGGACAUCACCAUGCCCACCGCAUCCUCCGGGCUCACGCCUUUGAGCACCACUGCACCAAGCAUGUUCUCUGCUGAUUUUCUGGACUCACAGGACCUGCCACUCCCAUGGGACUAAGGUCAUAGGUCACUUGUCUCAGAGUCGUGAGGUUCCAAAACAUGAAAACAAUCUUGAAGGGUCAGUGCUUAGAGCUAUAGCCAUAGCUGCACUGUCACAAUUAAAAUAUAUUGUCGUAGAAAAAAAGGACAGCCAUAGCCUGGAAGCCAAGUGUGAGAGCACCUCAUCCAUCUAGCAGUGACUCCACAACUUACAGAGGCAGGCCUGUCGCAUGCAAGAGGCCUUGUGAGAUGCCUUAGAUAAAGCCAAAGGUCGGAAGCCGCCCACAGGAAGUGGCCCUGGCGCUCUGGUCAUCAGCCACCUUUCAACUUCUGGGGUCAUCUCACGACCCUAAUAAGAGGCAAGCAGCUCCAUUUGGACCACAAGGGAGGGGAGAAGCUACUGCACAUGCCCUCCCUAGAGCCCUAAGCUGGGUCUGUAGCCAGGGCAGAGGUGUUUGAGACUCCGAGUUCCACUCUGACACUUGUGGAACUGUAUGAUGUCAUAGGUCAUUUUUUGAGUUUGGGAAUCUCAGUGAACAGCCUCUCACCAUAAGCAUGUGUCUGCAAAAUACUGUCACACAAGAACCCGGUGUCCAGAGUCCAGAUGUGUUAGUAGUGCUACGGUUUUCCCAGUGGCCUCAGGCGGCUGAGCUUGGUUCUCAUGUGAUGUUAGACAUUUGAAUAUGCCCUGACCUUGUAACCUCUACAGCCUGCAAUAGAGUAGAAAGAUGGCCGUCCACUGGUCCUGCUUGUUGUAAUAACUCAGAUAUCUCUAGAUUACCUGAGCCACAGUAUCUCCAUCUUUGAAGACUUGCCGACAGACUCUCAGGUGACCGUACCCAUCUCAAAGAACCAAAAAAGGCUUCAACAUGAAAUUCCUUUUUGAGCUACUGAGUUAGAAGAAGGGAACAUGUGGAGUGUGUCAGACUCCGAGACAGUCCCACCUUGAGCACAGGUUAGACCCUCCCAUCACUAGAUUCCCUGGUUCUCAUGCAUAGGCUUGUAACCGAAUGCCCUGCCUGCUCUCAGUGUGUUCUCAAGCCUACACCUAAAAACUGGAGGUUUUAUUUUUUUUCUCUUGAUCUAUAAAGGAAAAGUUAUGUUUGUUGAGUAAUUUAAGAAUUUCUAAAAUGCCAACUGCCACAGGAUUUCCACAACUCUUGAUCUUGUCAUUUAGUUAUUGGCAAAUUGUAAAUAACUGAGCAGAGCAUGGGAUUCCUGCUUCACAGCAGCCUUACCCUGGUCCCUCCCACCCUCCACCUAAGCCAGGUGGGCUCCCUCCACACAGCCUCUCCCACGGGCACCUCCGGGAAGUGGCCUGGCCCAUUGCCGAGACAGAACCGGAAUCAUCUUUGAGGAGAUUCUGCCCCAAAGUAAUCUUAGUUCCAGUCUGUACCUGUUUAAUCCCGCUCUGUGUCAAAAUGGUCUCUGUUCCCAGCUUUAGCGUCUGAGCAGCUCCCCUCACCUAAAGUUUGGCUUGCUGGUGGCCAGGGGCCACUGAGCUCAGAGAGUCCUCUUGUUUAGGAACUGUUUAGUCACUCUCAUAGGACAUGUGCAGCCAAGUUGGUUCUGCUAGACAGCCGCUUGUGUCUUGGCCCCAGCUGUGUACCUGGGCAGAAACUUUCCACAUGAGAAUUUCAGCUCUAGGUUUUGGAGAGUUUUAGUCUUCUUUCUCCAGCUUUGGGUGUCCAGUUAAUUAGUACCAAGUAUCAGUGAGCAUGUGAGAAACUGCUAAAUGCUAGUACAUUUCCUCCUAUAGAAAAAUUCUGUAAUUCUGAGUCGUGAAUAGAGACAGCAUUCUAGCCCUCAAGUCCCUUGCGCUAUUCUUCUAAGUUGGUUUGAAGCUGGCCACAAGAAAGUCAUUCUCCAAACACAGUUGAGUACAGAGAAAGCCAUCUCAGUUGUUCAUGUACCCAUCCUGCCCACUAGGGUCCCAUUUCUUAAAACACCAAGGGGCCUCCAGCUACCAACUUCACUUGCAGCCAACUCACCUACAACAUUCCUUGCCCUGCUCUCCUGGUUCGAGCAUCUAGUAGGUACUUAAGACGCCAGUGACUUGAGAGUACUUGCUAGGCCUUUCCAGCAUGCUCUGGGUGAGAGUGGGCAUCUUUCCCAUGUGCUCACUUAAAUGCGUCAUGACCAAAGACCACUCUACAGAAAAGCCUCCUGACCUAACUCUAGCCCUCGGCGAGUGUGUUGAAAAAGGUGUGUGUCUGAAGAUGACGUUGUUAUUUAAAACUGAUGCAAGAUGACUCCAUAGGUAGGGCUGGGGGGCUACCAACAGGCCUGAGGGGCUGAGCCUGAGCCCCAGAAUCCAUCUGAUGGAAGGACAGAACUGGCUCCCACAAGUUGCCCUCUAACCUCCACACACAGACACACCUGCAAAUAGAUGUUAUUUCACAGCCAUUAGGUCAGAGAUCCCGUUAGAUUCCCACUGUGCAUGUACCAGUGUUUGUACCACAUUACUAAGGAAAUCCCUCCUGGGAGCUUGUAGUGUCCAAUCAGCUUGACUUUGUAAGGUAUAGAUUUCCCAGCCAUUUUACUAGGAUGGGAUGAGUGGAUUCUAGAAAGCUGAUGUGGCUGGGGCUCUUGGAACCCUCCCAGGGCUGCACCAAUGUUCACCCAGGCAUCUUACAGAGGUGAGCACAUGGAGAUGCCCUGAAUUUAUUGAACUUUUCGCUCAAAUACCAUAUGUGUUUGUUACACACAAAUAUUUUCUAAGAUUUUACUAAAACCUUUUCAAAAGCUCCAUGGUUCUCUGACCACAUGCUAUGCCUUGCUGGUGUGAGUACUCCAAAAAGCCAGGAAAGCUCUGUAGAGACAAGGAAAUGGGUUCUCAGCCCACAUGCACCGUCAGCUGACCCAGAGGAGCUGGUGAGAUCAAUGUCCACUUUGUCACCAGAGUGGAUUCAAGCCAUCUGAGCCCAGUUAUUCCAGGCAGUGUUCCCAGCAAUUACAGCUGAGGAGGCGGGUGUCCCUCAAGUGCCCUUGAGUAGACCUGGCCCAGAUAAGUGGCCAACAAGAGCCCACAUCACAUCUAUACCCUUUAGUUGUUCUCACGUAGCCAGCCUCAGAAACUGCUGAUGGUAGGAGGCCAGGGACAUCGGUCAGGCCUAGCAUACUCAAACAGCCUUGCUUGCUUCUGUCCAUAACACCAUACAACACUGAGGAUAUCAAAUACACAGGGACCCACUGCCCCAGUGGACAGUUAGCCCCAGGUUACCCUAGCACACUAACUGGAAGACCAGGUUUAUUAAGAAACAGUGUUCAUGCUUACAGAAGGUGCAUUUGGAUAGCAUCCUAAAAGUUCAGCUCAUUGUAAAAGAGUCAAAACUGGAACAUUACAGCUCACGUAGUCAUUAUGCUCCCUGGUUCAGACUUUCAAUUGUCUGUUCACUCAGCAGUCUGGGUUCUGGCUUAUUUGUCCAGUGACUGACUGUGUAGCAACGAGCAGGUCAUUUUUUUCAUCCGCUAACCCUCCCUGUACCUGAGGAGAUGUGUCCCUGUGUCUUUCAUGUAAGGCCUGUGAUUCAAGAAGCUGCACGUCCCUGAGAAGCUUUGCCCUCCACUGGAGCCUGUGCUCUUGGGAGUGGGUGUCACAGGUUGGUGACAGCAGCAACAUCAGCUGUGAAACAAAGCUCGGCCAACACCCAAGAGAAAGCUUGAGCAAGUGGACAGACUUGCUGGAAGAUGGUCCAGUUAUGUUACCUCUCCAUCCUGCUGUGAGGACCUUGCCCACUAACAGGAGAUGAAGGGUUAAGAAAAGGUUCAUAUCUACCGAAAGUACUUGACCUCAAGAAACCAAAAGUAAUGCAGAAUGCUUAAAGGAACCAAAGGCAUCACCAGGUAUUUGCCAAAAGCAGCCACUUUUUAUUUAAAAAUUGAGACUAAUGUGAUCUCAAGUCAGUCCCAAAAAGGUAUCCAUUUACGGUUAUAAUUUUCAGAGAGAUGUAGAUAUUUCUUGUUUCCUGUAAAAUAGUAUGGAGCUGUUGUGUUGGUUUAAGAAUAACAUGCUUACGUGGUAGUCAUGCAAAGCUGUUUGUUCUGAAUCGAAGUCUAGUUCUCUGUUGCUUGCAGUGGACAUGCAGGUGUCUCUCUUUCAUCUUCACAUAAUGUCUUAGCAUCUCACUUCCUGAAAACAAAAGGGGGAGCACCAGUGGGCAGCGCCGUUCUUACUGAAGCACUAGUUUCAUGAACAGGAAAUCAUGGCAAUCGGGGGUCCAUUUGUGUGUUGCCUUUAUGUUGUUUUUAAAAGAAAAACCAUGAUGCCUUUGUAUGUGCCGUUUGCACCCCUGACUCGAUUCUGUACUGUGUCUGAUGCCAUACGUUUGCACAUGUACUGUACAUAGGCAAUGCAGACUGUAUUUUUAUAUGUGUGUGCAUUUAUCAUCAGAUCUUUUGUACAUAGUGGCAGUAUUGUAGCUGAUCGGGAAAUGUUUGAUAUCUCAGCAAUUUUGCAUUUUUGUGUCUCAAAUAAAAAACAUUUUGAUGUA